AUGGCUACUAAAUACAAUGUGAAUGUAAUUUCUACUGACAUGAAAGGUCGAUUAGAAUUUAUGAUGAACAUAUAUAAUCGUUUAAUGAUGUCUGAUCAAGAUAUAUUACCUAAUAAGCUUUCUUCAGAUAAUCGUCUAUUAAAUGGUUACACGAAACUAAUGCAAUGUGCUGCAAAAAGCAAAAAACAUAAGAAAUCAAACAAAAAAAGUCACUUAAAAGCAGCAAAUAAAUCAAUUAACAUAAAAUCAGCUAUUCAAAAAAAUUAUAAAAAUUGUAGCAGUUCAUCAUCUAUAUCAUCUCGGCCAGCAUCUAGUCCUUCACCAUCUUCCAUGAUGUUUGAUUUUGAGAACAACUCAACUGCCACUUGCUUUGAGGAAACAAAAAGAUUAUUAUGGGUAGGUUGUAAAACUGUUGAUGAUGUUCUUAAUAUGAAUAGAGAUUUACCAAUGUGGGUACAAACAGUAGAUUCAAAUAAUAUUGUUAAACAAUUGUUAACAUCUGUGGAUGCUAGUCGAAUUGAUAAAGGUAGUGUGCAUACAUUGGUUGCUGUAUUUAUAAACUUCAGCAUAACCAUGAUAGACAUGAUUGGGAUGAAUGUUAAUGUAGAUCAACAUUGGUGGAAAUAUUCUUACAAAAUUAUGGAACAGUUGAUUAAUGAUAUUAAAGUAUAUUGUCGGUCCAAGGAUCCAAAUGCAACAAUUAAAGUCAAGGGUAAAAAUGGUGAUCGAAUGUUAAAUAAAGCAUUAUCAACUAUCACUCAGUUGAAAAAAAUUGCGCCAAAUGAUAAACUUGAAACUCAUGUAAUUCAAAAUCCAAUAACACCUCUUGUUCCACCAGUACAACAGCCUAACUAUCAACAACCAUCUCCUGACUAUAAUGCACAAUUUGUAAACUACAAUUAUCCGAAUCAAAAUUAUAUGAACAAUUAUAACUAUCAAGCACCAUAUCAAGCACCGCAAAUAAAUCGACCACCAUACUGUCCAAUGCAAUAUCGUCCUACAUACCAACCUUCUUAUCAACAAUAUCCAAAUCAGGUACGAGUGAAUCAACCACAGUAUUAUCAAUACCUUCAGCAACCGCCCAACCCAUGGCAAAAUAAUUACCAAAAACCUCCAUAUCCCAUACACAAUGCACCAUUCCCACCUACACAGUUUGUAGCUAAUCCACAGCCAAAACCUGAAGCGAAACUAGUUGAAGUAAAAGAAGACGAUGAGAAAAAAUGGUUAGAAGCACAGAAAGAUGCAAAAAAAUUAGUGAAUAAUGCUAUUAAUCAUAAUAUAUUGGCAACUAGAUCUUCUGAUAAUACGCAUUCAUCACAAGAAAGUGAAGAAGGAUUAAUAAAUAAUUUACAUCCAGUAUUUGAAAAAAUAUCAGAUAGAGAUAGUGUAGGUCCACUGCCAGAUGACACAGACCGAAUGUGGAACUUUUUGUCAAGAGAAGUAGAUAAAAAAGUUCGAUACAAAUUUCAAAAGAUGAUAAGAGAAAUGCAAGCUAUACCUGAAGAUGAGUUUAGCAGAGAGCCAGAUUUAUAU